UGCAUUCAAAUCAUGAUUUCCAACUUUGUGAUGCAGAGAAGAAAUGAAGGCAGAUUCACCAUAAAUAGUUAGAUAAACAGGGCAUCCCACAUCCCUUUACUGAAUUCUCACCCAAAGUAGGUUCAAACGAAGUUAUGGGACGUCCUAGCAAGAGUAACUUCUUGUCUGUCCUUUGUUGCCUUUGUUUAAACAUAGGCGUUGUCGCUGUAGACACAAUCAGAUCUUCUCAAUCCAUCAAAGACUCUGACUACAUGAUCUCCAAUGGAAGUGUUUUCAAGCUGGGAUUCUUCAGCCCAGUAAAUUCUACCAACCGCUACCUAGGGAUAUGGUAUAGCAACAUUUCUGCAUUCACAGUUGUAUGGGUAGCAAACAGGCAGAAACCCCUCAAGGAUUCUUCUGGAGUUCUUACUAUAUCUGAGGACGGCAACCUUGUAGUAUUAAAUGGACAAAAGGAGAUUCUUUGGUCAUCAAAUGUUAACAACUCUGUAGCCAAUUCAAGCGCCCAGCUUUUAGAUUCGGGGAACCUUGUCUUAAAAGAAAACACUACAGGGACAAUCCUAUGGGAAAGUUUUAACAAUCCUUCUCAUAUAAUGUUACCCGAGAUGAAACUUAGUACUAAUGAAAGAACAGGUGAGAAAGUGAAGUUGACAUCAUGGAAAGGCCCUUCUGAUCCAUCCAUUGGAAGCUUCUCUGCCGGAGUUUCUGGUCAAAGUCUUACUCAGGCAUUCACUUGGAAAGAUGGUAGACCACAUUUCCGCAGUGGUCCAUGGAAUGGUCGGAAGUUUAUUGGAUCACCAAGAUAUCCUCAAUUUCAUGACAAAUAUGGUGUCGUACAAAACCAAGAUGGUUCUUAUUUAAUUCAAUUUCUUGCCUUUCAUUCUUCACACAUUGUCCUGACUACGCAAGGAAAUACAGAGGCAAGAUAUUGGGAUAGUGAGAAGAAGGUUUGGGAGGUUGAGUGGAAAGCUAUGCUCAGUGCGUGUGAUGUUUAUGGUACGUGUGGUGCAUUUGGAAGCUGUAAUUCAAUGAGUUCGCCAAUUUGCAGUUGUUUAGAGGGGUUUGAGCCAAAGAACACCGAAGAGUGGAAUAGAGAAAAUUGGACUAGUGGAUGUGAGAGGAGGACACCGUUGCAGUGUGGGACGGUGACUACCAGGAGUGAAGCCGACAAAAUGGAUGAGUUUUUGAAACUGAACAUGAUGAAGGUGCCAGACUUUGCAGAAUGGUCAGUUGCUCAGGAAGAUGAUUGCAGGCAGCAGUGUUUACAGAAUUGUUCUUGUAUAGCUUAUGCAUUUGAUUCAAGCUCAGGUUGUAUGACAUGGACUCAAAGCUUAAUGGACACACAGAAAAUCUCUAACGGCAGUGGAUUUGAUCUUUAUAUUCGUGUUGCUCAUUCGGAACUCGAUACGAAGGGAGAUGUGAGGAAAAUUGUCACUAUUACAGUGAUUAUAGGAACGAUUUUUAUUUCAAUCUUCGCGUACUUAUUGUGGAGGUGGAUGGCUAAACACAAAGCUAGGAGAAAGAAAGCGAGGGGGAUGUUAAUGUUAAACAGAGAAGUACGUAAAAAAUUUCCAGGUGAAGACACAAUUGGAGACAAUCUGAACCAAGUUAAAGUCCAGGAGCUACCAUUAUUCGAUUUUGUGAAGCUAGCAAGUGCAACAAACAACUUCCAUGAAUGUAACAAGCUUGGGCAGGGUGGAUUUGGUCCCGUAUACAGAGGAAAAUUGUCAAAUGCACAAGAAAUUGCAAUAAAAAGACUUUCCAAAACUUCUGGACAAGGGUUGGAAGAGUUUAUGAAUGAGGUGGUAGUAAUUUCUAAACUCCAACAUUGGAAUCUUGUUAGGCUCCUUGGCUGUUGUGUCGAAGGAGAAGAGAGGAUGCUAAUCUAUGAAUACAUGCCAAACAAAAGUCUAGAUGCAUUUCUCUUCGAUUCACCCAAAGAAAUAUUGCUAGAUUGGAGAAAACGCUUUCACAUUAUAGAAGGAAUUGGUCGAGGCCUGCUAUAUCUUCAUAGAGAUUCUAGACUAAGAAUUAUUCAUAGAGAUCUAAAGGCAAGUAACAUCUUGUUGGAUAAAGAUAUAAAUCCAAAAAUAUCAGAUUUUGGUAUGGCCCGAAUUUUUAGAAGUAAUGAAGACCAAGCCAAUACUAAUAGGGUGGUUGGAACUUAUGGCUAUAUGUCUCUUGAAUAUGCAAUGGAAGGACGAUUUUCAGAAAAAUCCGACAUCUUCAGCUUUGGAGUGUUGUUACUAGAGAUACUUAGUGGAAGAAGAAACUCUAGCUUUUAUCAUGAUGAGCAAUCCAUGAGUCUUUUAGAACAUGCAUGGAAAUUGUGGAAAGUAGACAACAUUGUGGCCUUAAUAGACCCAAUGAUAUCUGAACCAUGCUAUGAAAUGGAGAUUUUGAGAUGCAUACAUGUUGGACUGUUGUGUGUGCAAGAAUUUGCCAAAGAUAGGCCAACUACAUCUACUGUAAAUUCCAUGCUUAAAAGUGAGAUUGCUGAUCUUCCCUGUCCAAAGAAACCAGCAUUUACUGAAAGGCAGAUUGGGUUAAAUACAUAGUCCCCUAAACUUAGCCAAAGAAAAUGCUCAGUUAACAAUGUUACAAUUACAAUGAUUCAAGGUCGAUAGGCAGCAUUUGUUAUUGACAUCAUCAUCUUGGGAUUUCAUAUUCAUUUUGAACACUUUCCCAAGAAUCUCAUAUGGUGUAAAUACUGCCUUCUCUAUUACCUUUUCAAUGUCCACUUGUUAGUCCAAUCUAAGAAGAAAAAUACCAUUAAACCAUAUUCUCUUCUUGGUACUCUUAAAAUGCUAAUUUUAUGGCACCUAUAAAGACCAUGUUUU